AUGCACAAACCAGAGACCCGAACUAGCUGCCAAGCAAAGUUGUUGGUGUACUUGGACAAGAAUGAGAAUAACUGGAAGGUAAGGAAAGUAGUGACAGAGUACAAUCAUGAAUUGGCACCUGUUCGGAUGGUACACUUGAUAGCGAGUCACCGUGAAUUAAAUGAGGUAGCUAAGGCACAGAUAGAUGGGAUGCAUGUGCAUGGAAUCACAACGUCGAAGAUACUGGGAUAUAUGGCUGGGGUGGCCGGAGGGUACUCCUUGCUUGGGUUCUUGAAGAAAGAUGCAUAUAACUAUGCUGACAAGGCGAGGCGAGCGAAAUUAGUGGAUGGUGAUGCAAAUGCAGCCCUAGUAUAUCUUGAAGAAAAGGCUGGUUUGGACCCGAUGUCAGUUGCAAGGUACAGCUUGACUGCAUAUGAAAGGCUUGUGAAUUCGAUAUGGGCUGAUGAUGCAAGCCGAUCGGACUACCAAUACUUCGACAAUGUGUUGGCCUUCGACUCUACUUACAAGAAAAACAAGUACAAGAGGCCCGUUGUUAUUUUCUCUAGUGUAAAUAACCACAAGCAAACGAAAAUUUUUGGGUUUGGGUUGUUGAUGGAUGAAAGCGUUUCCUUGUAUCGUUGGAUGUUAGAGAAUCUUUUAGAGGUGAUGUGUCGAAAGAAGCCGUUGGUAGUUGUAACAGACAGAGAUAAAGCGAUGAUUAAGGUUGUCAAGGAAGUUUUAUCUGAAGCGACACACUGGUUGUGUGCAUGGCAUGUGGAGACGAAUGUUACCUUUAACGUGAAAGACGAGAAUUUAAAGGUCUUGUUUAAGCGGUGGCUAUACUCGGAGAUGGAGAUUGCCGCAUUUAAGGCGGAUUGGGAGGAUGCGCUUGAGUAG